AUGGCUAUAAUACCAGGUAAAAAACAUUCCACCUCUCCGCUCUUACCUACUACUGCUAGGUAUCGAGGACUUUUUCCCCGUGCGUGGAGGGAGAUCCAGAUUCCAGAGAUUGGGCUAACACUGAUCUGCGAACAAGUUUCACCAGUGAUACCUGACAACUACGAAGUGAGAUAUUUACCAAGUCUUGAGACAUCGUUUCCUGUCUGUAAUUUCUACUGGACUAUAAUCAACAACAGCGAAAUGACUUAUAACAUAUCUCUGACGUUCACUUUUCGUAAUGGGACUGGUAAUGCCAAGUGGGAGAAAGAGAGUGACUGUCGGUGAGU